AGAUUUUUAUUCUUUGCUGAUUGGUCAAUGGAGGCCAAAAUAGAAAGAACCAAUAUGGAUGGGAGUGAUAGACAUAAGCUGGUGAUUAAAAAGAUAGUUCAUCCCAAUGGCUUGGCUCUAGAUUAUGUUAAUAAACAUGUCUAUUGGGCUGAUUCUUUCCUAGAUUAUGUUGAACGAGUAGAUUAUGAUGGUCACAACAGACGAGUUAUUGCUAUUGGUGAAAAUGUUGAUCAUGUAUUUGGUUUAACAUUAUUUGAGAACUAUCUGUAUGUGUCCAAUCAUCAUAAUAACAGUAUAGUUAGAGUUCAUAGAUUUCAACAAAAUAAUAUGACUGUUAUAAAUAGACAGACGUUAACCAAACCUAGUGAUAUACAUAUUAUACAUCCAGUAAAACAACCACAAGUGAGUGAAAAUGUUUGUGGAAAGAAGAAAUGUGAUCAUAUUUGUGUACCAGUACCACACACUGACAACCAGAAUGUUCAAGCUAGUUGUAUGUGUAGAUCAGGUUACACUCUUGUGAAUGGAAAUAAUUGUCGAAAAAACAAAGAUUCAAUCUUUCUUCUGUAUGCGAACGCUCAACAAGGUAAUAUCCAGGGUAUAUCGAAAGAUGAUGAGAAAUCAAAACAAGUUAUUGAACCUAUCAUCAACUUGAACCGACCAAUGGCUAUAGCUUAUGAUAAUAAAACAAGUUAUAUCUAUUACUCUGAUGUUAGUUUGUUACAUAUCGGACGUAGAAAAGCUUUCACUACUGAUGCUGAACCUGAGAAAUUUCUGGAUACAGGUGUAACAAGUUCGGAAGGUCUAGCUAUUGAUUGGAUUGGACGUAAUUUAUAUUGGACUGAUGAUGGCCAUAAAACUAUUAAUAUAGUUCGACUGACUGAUACCACUAAACGUUAUACAGUUAUCAGAAACUUGAAUCAUCCUAAAGCUAUUGUUCUUGAUGCUAAUAAGGGGUAUAUGUAUUGGACUGAUUGGGUGUUAAAACCAUCAGAAAAUAUCAAAUCUAGAAUCGUGAAGGCUGAAAUGAAUGGUCAAAACAAUCAGACAUUGGUAGAAACGAAUAUACAAUGGCCGAAUAGUUUAACAUUAGAUUAUACAACACAGAUGAUAUAUUGGACUGAUGCUUACUAUGAUAGAAUAGAGAAAAUCUCAACUAAUGGUGACCCCACUACUAGAACUGUGAUAGUUUCGUUCAAACAUUUGAACCAUCCGUAUGGUAUAGCAGUAUUUGAAAACUAUGUGUUUUUCACUGAGUCAUUAUCUGGUCAAGUUAAAAGAUUCAAUAUGGUAACAAAAGACACUGUAGUAAUACGUAAUGAUAGUAAUCCAUUGUUUGAUUUACAACUCUAUAAUCCUCAACAACAAGUUAUACAAGGAGAGAAAGACUGUGCUGUUAAUAAUGGAGGAUGUACAGAUAUCUGUGUGACUGUACCUUCAGGUUCUGUUUGUAUCUGUUCAGAUGACAGAUUACUUCAAUCAGACAAAAAAACAUGUAAAGCCAAUCCAAACUAUAAGCCACCAGCCCCAUGUAAUAAAGAUAGAGAGUUCACAUGUAAAGAUGAAAGUUGUAUCAAUAUUCUGUGGAAGUGUGAUGGUGAAAGAGAUUGUUUAGAUGGGUCAGAUGAAGAUCAUAAUGUGCCAUGUGAAACUUUUCAAUGUCAAAAGAGUGAGAACAAGCCAUGUCUAAAAGAAGAGCAACUCCGUUGUGAUGGUGAAAUAGAUUGUCCUAAUGGUGAAGAUGAAGAAGGCUGUGGGAGUAAAAGUCGAGAUUGUCAAGCCAACUAUACAUCAUGUGGUACUACCAGUAAUAGAUGUAUACCGUCUGCUUGGGUUUGUGAUAAAGAGGCUGAUUGUGUUGAUGGUUCUGAUGAAGACGCUGCUAAAUGUGAUACUGCCAAGUGUGUAGCUGAUCAGUUUCAAUGUGCGUAUGGACACUGUAUACCCUAUAUGUAUAGAUGUGAUAAUGAAUAUGACUGCCCUGACCAUUCAGAUGAGCUUGAUUGUACUAACUGGUGUGAUCCAUUGAAAGAAUUUAGUUGUGCUGAUAAAAUUACAUGUAUUAAGAAACAUUUUGUAUGUGAUGGUAUCAGACAGUGUAAAGAUGGUUCUGAUGAAGAACAAUGUAAUAAGAAAAUAUGUCAUGAUAAGGAAUACCAGUGUAAAAAUGGUGAAUGUAUCAUCCAGGUCUGGAAAUGUGAUGGUGAUUUUGAUUGUUCUGAUCAAAGUGAUGAAGAUAAAGACAUGUGUCAAACUAGAUCAUGUUAUUCUACAGAGUUUAAAUGUAACAGUACUAACCAGUGUAUACCAGGAGCGUGGAAAUGUGACGGAGAUGAAGAUUGUGGUGACGGGUCUGAUGAACAUGUCUCUCAAUCGUUGGAGUGUAGCUAUCCUAAUUUUAAAUGUGUGGUAAAACAGAAGGAAGUUUGUUUAUCACCAGUCAAAUAUUGUGAUGGUGUUUUAGACUGUGAUGAUCACUCAGAUGAACCAAGAUCAUUGUGUUCUGUAAAAGUUUGUCAGGACCAUGAAUGUAGCCAUUUUUGUCAUUCUGCUCCAGCUCCACCUGGUGAUUUUUACCGCUAUGUUUGUUCCUGUCCUGAAAAUCAACAUAUUGGUUCAGAUAAUAAAACAUGUCAAAAAACUGAUGUAUGUUCACAAUGGGGUAUUUGUAGUCAGCUAUGUGUAGCUGAUAUCAGUAAACCAGAUGGUUAUAGAUGUCUAUGUAAAGAUACCUAUACAUUACAGUUAGAUGGUUUUAGCUGUAAACCUAAUGGUAAGUACAAAACAAUUCAUCUGAUUUAUUCCAACCGACAUGAAAUGAGACGAGUUGAUCUAGGAGAGAAGAGUUACGUUUCCUUGGUUGCUGGGUUACGUAAUACUAUAGCGUUAGAUUACCACUAUAAAAAACAAUAUAUAUUCUGGACAGACGUAAUAGAAGAUAAAAUAUUUAGAGGAAAAAUGAUUCAAAACACAUUAACGAAUCUGAAGACAAUAGUAAAUGUGGGAUUAGCUACAACAGAAGGAUUAGCAGUAGAUUGGAUUAGUAAUAAGAUAUAUUGGGUAGAGAGUAAUCUAGAUCAGAUAGAGGUGGCAGAGUUUAACGGUACCAACAGACGUACUCUGAUAGCUGGUAACAUGACUAGUCCUAGAGCUAUAGUACUAGAUCCUAGAUAUGGAGCUCUAUUUUGGAGUGAUUGGGAUGGAAGGUUUCCUAGGAUUGAGACAUGUUCUAUGAGUGGUAAGGGUAGGAAAGUAUUAUUUGAUGUUCGAAGUAAUUUUGAUCUAGGAGGCUGGCCUAAUGGUAUGACAUUAGAUUAUGAAGUCAACAGAAUUUAUUGGGUUGAUGCAAGAUCUGAUUCACUGCAUUCUAUGACAUAUGAAGGAAAGGACCACAGAUUGAUAUUAAAAAGUCAUGAAUAUCUAGCUCAACCAUUCUCAGUGUCAGUAUUUGAACACUAUGUAUAUUGGACUGACUGGAGGACUAAUUCUGUAUUGAGGGCUAAUAAAUUUAAUGGUUCUGAUGUAACAGAGAUACAGAAAACAUUUACACAACCAUUUGAUGUUCAGGUCUUCCACCCUAAUAGACAACCUGAUGCCUACAAUCCAUGUGAAAUUCAAAAUGGAGGUUGUUCACAUCUCUGUUUGAUUGGUUUCCCUGAUAAAACUGGCAAUACGACAGCAGACUGUCAGUGUCCUCAUAGAAUGAAGUUAAACGCUGAUCAACAUUCUUGUGACGAGGAUAAUAAAUUCUUGAUAUUUGUAAAAAAGAAUGAAAUUAGAGGAGUAGAUUUACAACAUGCUAAUUAUAAUGUAAUACCAUCUAUAACAGUACGUUUUGUAGAGAAUUCUACCUCCACUGCUACAGCUAUAGACUAUGAUCUUAAAGAACAGCGUUUAUAUUGGACUGACGAAGCCAGGAAUGUUAUCAACAGUGCUAGUCUUAAUGGUUCCGGAGUAGAAACUGUGAUAGAUUCAGGUCUCUCCAAUCCAAAGGGAUUUGCCAUCGAUUAUCUUUCUAGAAACAUGUAUUUCUCAUCCUACAACAAAGAUAAAGAUUCCUCCACCAUUUCUGUGGCUAAACUAAAUGGCGCCUUCCGCACUGAAAUUAUCUCACAGAAUUUAAAACAGUUGAAUUCAUUGGCCAUUCAUCCUGGAAAAGGAUUAAUGUUUUGGUCUGAUGUUGGAGGAUCUCAACAUAAAAUAAUCAAAGCUAAUAUGGAUGGUUCAGAUCAGAGAGUUUUAGUUAAUAAUACUUUUAAACCAGCCAGUCUCACGGUAGAUACUAGAAGUCAUGCACUUUACUGGAUUAACCAAGAAAAAAGCACCAUUCAUAGAUGUCCGUUAGAUGUACUACUAGGACAGUGUGAAAAGUUGAAUGUGAGUUUUGAUGAUAAUCUACUGGUUUCCAUGACGAUAUUUGAAGAUGAGAUCUAUGUGUAUAGUUCUGAUAAGAAGAAUAAAAGUGCCAACAGUAUAAUGAGGAUAGAUAAAAGUUAUAAGAAAGUUGUCAUGAGAACUAAUACACCAGAUAUUUCAGCUAUACAGAUAUAUAACACUGAACGUGGCAAGGAUGGAUCUAAUGGUUGUUCUAAAGAUAAUGGUGGUUGUUCUCAGCUAUGUUUACCAACUCAUACUGCUAGAAUCUGUAAAUGUACAGCUGGUUUUAAAUUAGCUGAUGAUCAGACAUCUUGUCAUGGCAUCACAUCAUUCAUGUUAUAUUCUACAGAAUCUGAUAUUCAAGGAUUUACUCUGGAGACACCAUCUCAAGUAGCCCUAGCUUCUAUAUCUAAAAUAUCUCUAGCAUCUGCUAUAGACUUUCACGCAGAGGCUGAUUAUAUUUAUUGGGUGGACUCGAAUGCUAGAGCUAUAUCUCGUAUUAAACGUAAUUUAACACAAAGAGAAGAAAUUAUAAAUAAAGGAUUAAACAGUAUUGAAGGUCUAGCUGUAGAUUGGGUUGCUAAUCAUAUCUACUGGACAGACAGAAGUCAUAAUACAGUGGAAGUAGCUAAAACAGAUGGUAGUAAUCGUUAUGUAUUGAUACAUGAAGGUCUGGAUAAUCCUACCUCAAUCGUAGUUCAUCCUCGAAACGGAAUGUUAUAUUUUAUUGAUCAAGGUAAAUAUCCAGUGAUAAUGCAGGCCAAGCUAGAUGGUUCUGAUCUCAAAGCUUUGAUUGAUUCUAAUAUGGUUCGGCCUCGAGGAUUGACUAUUGACUAUGAUACAGACAUGUUAUAUUGGUGUGAGGAAGAUUCAGAUAAAAUAGAUAAGAUUGUUAGUUAUGAUUUUAACACUCAGGAACAAGUAAACCAUGUGGUUCCUGGUCUAACAGCCUGUGUCUCAUUAACAAUAUUUAAAGACUAUAUAUAUUGGGCUGAUAAAACUGAUGGUAAUGGAUCAAUUAAAAGAACAAAUAAAACAUUAACUUCAACAGAUGUACAAUACCUUCGUAAAAACUUAACAGAUAAAUUAAAACAUGUACAGAUAUUUGAUGCUGAUAGACAGAGAAGUCACAAUAUCUGUUUAAAGAACAGUUAUAAUUGUGCUGAGUUAUGUUUAUAUCAAGGGUCAGGACAUGCAUCAUGUAUCUGUUCUUAUGGUAGAUUAAAACUAAAUGGUAGAGAUUGUGAAGCCUAUACAGAGUUUUUGAUGUUUUCUAAAGUAACUGGUAUAGACUCUGUCUCUAUGUCCAGGAUACCCAGUAAAAAUCCACCAUUUAAACCCAUUACCAAUGAAACCAUGCAGAAUGUGAUAGGAUUAGCCUAUGAUUAUAAAGGGAACCGACUCUACUUCAGUGAUAUACAACGUGGUGACAUACAGUCUGUCUCUUUUAAUGGUUCAGAUCUUCAAAUUGUUAAAGAA